AUCAGGGUUACCAAUGAAAAAGGAAAAAAAAAGUUUAUUGUGAAACAAUAUUUACAGCAUUAAUGAAAUAAUAUUUACAACUAUUAACAAUUCCUGCUGUCCAUAGAAGGACCAGCGUAGGAGUAUACCUUCUUUUCCCUUACAUCUAAUGCAGAGAGCAGUGAGGGGUGUAGAUAGGCAGCGAAAGAAAAACCCUUCAUUCAGUCCCCGUGGGGAAAGGGUCUUCAAUUUAUAAAUCCAGUAAGACUUCCGCUGUCUCAGCUUUUUAUCCCAGUCUCCUCUUCGUUGGGUUUGUGGGAUGUGUUCUAUUCCCAUAAAUCUAAGUGUCUUUGAGGAGUUUGCCUGAUGUAUUUUAAGAUGGCGUGAGAUGGGGGUUUCCAAAGAUCUUCUUACGGAAUUAACAUGCUCCCUAAUCCUAUGUUUUAAGGAUCUAAAGGUUUUUCCCACAUAUUUUAUUCCGCAAGAGCAGGUGAGUAAAUAGAUCACUCCCUCCGUCCGACAAUUAAAGAAAGAAUGAACCGAGAAUGUUUCUUCACUGUUAGUAUCAGUGAACUGUUUGGAGUUUUUCUCAGUUUCUCCUAUAUUUCCUGAUCUUGUAUGAUGCAGACUGCGCUCCAUAUUCCAUUAGUUCUCAUUAAAUGUUACCUAUCUUUAGUGCAUACGAAGGGUGCAUCAUCCCUGGUGGUCCAGUGUAGGGGAGGUUUUCAACAAAUGCCUUAUUUGUGUUUAAACUCGUUGCACUGGUAUUUUAAUUAAAUUUGGCAAAUUUAAAUGUAUAUGGUCAUCCACCUAGGAACUUCAACUUGGGUUAUCGAGUUUGGGGAAUCAACUUGGGACAUCAACUUGGGUUAUCGAGUUUGGGGAAUCAACUUGGGUUAUCGAACUUGGGACAUCAACUUGGGUUAUGGAGUUUGGGGAAUCAACUUGGGUUAUCGAACUUGGGACAUCAACUUGGGUUAUCGAGUUUGGGGAAUCAACUCAGGUUAUCGAGUUUGGGAAUCAACUUUGGUGAUGGAGCUUGGGGAAUCAACUUGGGUUAUAGAGUUUGGGGAAUCAGCUUGGGACAUCAACUUGGGUUAUCGAGUUUGGGGAAUCAACUUGGGUUAUCGAACUUGGGACAUCAACUUGGGUUAUGGAGUUUGGGGAAUCAACUUGGGUUAUCGAACUUGGGACAUCAACUUGGGUUAUCGAGUUUGGGGAAUCAACUCAGGUUAUCGAGUUUGGGAAUCAACUUUGGUGAUGGAGCUUGGGGAAUCAACUUGGGUUAUAGAGUUUGGGGAAUCAGCUUGGGACAUCAACUUGGGUUAUCGAGUUUGGGGAAUCAACUUGGGUUAUCGAACUUGGGACAUCAACUUGGGUUAUGGAGUUUGGGGAAUCAACUUGGGUUAUCGAACUUGGGACAUCAACUUGGGUUAUCGAGUUUGGGGAAUCAACUCGGGUUAUCGAGUUUGGGAAUCAACUUUGGUAAUGGAGCUUGGGGAAUCAACUUGGGUUAUAGAGUUUGGGGAAUCAGCUUGGGACAUCAACUUGGGUUAUCAACUUGGGUUAUUGAGCUUGGGACAUCAACUUGGGUUAUUGAGUUUGGUGAAUCAACUUGCGUUAUCGAGUUUGGGAAAUCAACUUGGGUUAUCGAGCUUGGGAAAUCAACUUGGGUUAUCGAGCUUGGGGAAUCAGCUUGGUUUAUCGAGCUUCGGGAAUCAGCUUGGGACACACCUCUGACAUAAAAAAACUUAACCAACCCCAGUUUAAAUGUCAGAGCUUGACAAAUAAAAAAAUACACUAUAGCAAAAUGGUUCUUUUUCUUACACGGCCCAAAUAUUACCAAACU